UUGAAAUGGACGGAAAAGUGUAGUAUGUUUUAACCUAUGCACUCAAACAAAAUAAAAAAAGAAAAGGGGGAAGAACUUUAUCAUAUAAAAAAUAGAAAGAAAAACAGAACAAAAUAGUAAAGCAGAGAAACCUUAACCACAACGCAAAGAGAGAAAGAGAUAAAUAUUUUCAAAGGCCCAAAAUGAAGGAAUCAAUACCUCCCAAUCCCCAGCCAAAUCUCUGCAAAGGGAAGAGAGUGAUGAAGCAUUUAGAGAAAAUAAAGCAGAUGGAUUUCCAAGAAGAAAUAAUUAUGGACAUCCUCAGUAGACUACCUGUGCGGUCUCUUCUUCGAUUCAAAUGUGUUUAGAAGUUUUGGAUGACAUUGAUCUCUCAGCCUUACUUUACGACGAAGCAUUUCAAUCAUGCGAAACAUAACCAAAGUUUCGAAAAAAUGCUUCUUCUUGACAAAGAGUAUUCAUUUCAUUGUUCUUCCUUAUCGUCGGUUCAACUGUUUGAGGAUGUACAAAGACUUGAUACGCCUCGUAGUGGUAAACUAUGGGGUUGGAAGAUACAUUGUUGUUACGAUGGCUUGGUUCUUAUAGGUGUUCGUAAUUAUCCUGAUAAAGACUUCAUACUUUUGCUAUGGAACCCGUCCACAAGAGAAUCAGUAGUACUUCCCAAUCCGAAGUUUUCACAGGAAGUUACUUGUACUUGGGGAUUGGGAUAUGACUCGACUAGUGAUGACUAUAAGAUCCUCAAGAUUGAUGGUAAAGAACGUAAUGAAGUUCUUGCUCUGAAAAGUGGCUCCUGGAGAAAGAUCGAUGAUCAUCCUGCUACCGGUAACCCUGUGUUGUCUGGUAUGGAUUAUUUGGCAUUUCGACAUGGAGCUUUAGAUUGCUUUGAUACGCCAUCUAAUAUGGGCUAUCUGGCGUUUGUACAUGGAGCCUUUCAUUGGGUUGAUUGUUACUGAAUCUGUCUGUUGUUACGUUUAGUAUUUCAGAUGAAGUGUAUGGAGAGAUACCGUUGCCAGAGGGACUGGAUUUGGUUUUUGAUAUAAUGCAUACCAAACAAGGUGUUUCAGUAUUGGGAGGCAUGCUUUGUGUUUAUUCUACGCGUAUUCAUCAGCGGGAGUACACGUUUAAGUUAUGGGUAAUGAACGAGUAUGGUGUCAAGGAAUCGUGGAAUCAAUUGUUUACUAUACAAAGUACUGAUCUUUAUUCAAUCACCCUGAAAUACAUGUUUUCAGAUGGUGAAGUGUUACUCCGUUGCAGCCAGUUGAGACGUAGUGGUUCUGUAUUUAAGACAUCGAAAGAAUCAUCUGGCGUAUGGCCUCAAUCUGAUUCGGAAUGUAUUCAGGAUGGUUUCGUUUACACAGAAAGCUUGAUCUCUCCGAAGUUGCUUACUUGGUAUUGAGAAGCUAUUUUAUGUGCUUAAUCUAGCUCAACAUCACGGUUAUUCUAUAAACUCUGUAACGUGGUAGAUUUUUUUCAUUUUCUGGGAUUGACUGUAUGCUGGAUAUAUCUUGUUCUUUAUGUAAAAAUACAGUUGUUGUAUGAACUAUCUACAUAGUUGAAUUUAUCAAUUUGUAUCAGUUCCAUUGA